AUGUAAGAUGCGAGAUUUCCGAUGCGUUACGAGUCCCUGGUUACGAUGCUGCUUCUGGUGAACAUCCUGCUGAUGAGCACUGCGGAAUCUGCCCACCGGAACGAUCCGCGCUUCAAGCCGGCUGCCGGCUUCUGCAAGACGAACGUGAAGGCCAGCCAGAUGGCCUCGAAGGCGGCCAAGGAUGCCAAGGACGCCAAGGAUGCACAGCCAAGUGCCGCGGAGGUGGCGGGUCAGAGAGCUAAGGCCAUGCUGGCGGAUCGGGCACUGCAAGCUGCCAAGGCAGCGGAGGCGGCUCUCAACGGUAAGAAGCAGCUCCUGGACGAGUUCACCAAGAGUCUGGCCGAAACGAAACGGGUCAUCGAGGAAAUCCAGCGAGCCAUUGCCGCCAGCUCUUGCUCCGCCAAGGCGGCAAAUGAAAUCCGUGAGAAACUUCAGAGAACCCUGGCCAACAUGCAGAAUCUGCUGCAGGAGAUGGGAACCAGUCUGGAAAACAUCCGUCGAGUGGCCCUCAGCGCCCAAAAGGAGGCCGCCGAGAAACGCAGUCUCCUCGAAGCGGCCAAGCGGCGGGUGGAGGAGCUUCACAACUGCCUGGCCCAGGCCCAGACGGAUCUGGAGCAGAAUCGGGAGAGCGCCAAGAAGGCCAGCGACGCCGCCACCGAGGCUCAACAGCGGGUCGAGGCAGUGCGUCAGUUGGUGUCCAAGAUCAAGAUGCUGAGGCGAAAGGAUCUUCAAUCGCUAAAUAGCUUCCUGCGCAGGAGGAGGAGAAGAAGCAGCCCGGCGAAAACACAGUUGAGUUGA